GUGAAUGCGACAUUGUAUUCGCUUGCCGCAUUGAUGCGAGAUCGGCAGGCAUCAUCUUCUACAACGACGAAAUCAGCUUUGGCGGCUGGGCUCGGAUUAGGAGGUGGAAGGCUGUUGGAUCAUUAUCGGGCAGACGUGUGCCUGAUUUGUAGAUCGACGUCGGAAAAGGAGAUUUGUUUGGAUUGCCGAGAAGGAGAGUCGUCAACGUCUUUUCAGGUGGAAAGCGAGUUGAGAUCGUAUGAAGAGCGUGCAUGGAGUAUUGAUCGGAUCUGUUCAUCUUGUGCGAAUGGUGAUGUAGCAAGUGAACAUACACCAUGUGUGAAUUUGGAAUGUCCGAUUUUGUAUGAGAAAUAUAAGACACAAGACGAGUUGACAGCUCGGAUCGAACUACAAAAGAGGUGGGAAGCAGCAGUCGAUUCCCGCAACGGCUCAACGGCUGAGUCGUUGCAGUGGUAAUGUAGAUUAUU